AUGUGCAUCUCGCAGACUUUGAAGAACACCCAAUGCAAGAACAAGUCGGUCGCCGGAUCGGACUAUUGCCGUAAGCACCAACCCGCGGUCGCCGCGCCUAACGUUGAUGAAGUGACUGUCGCUGCUCCUAUUGGAGAGGAAGUGAUUGUCGCCGCUCCUAUUGCUGCUCCUAACGUUGAUGAAGUCGAGUACGAUAGCGACAACGGAUACAUCUGCAAGAACGAUACGUCUGAAGACGUCGAGAGCUUGCUCUUGAGUCCGAAGACUCGAGCCUCGCACGACCUUGAAUCCGAUGAAAAAGCGAAAGCGUUUCAAAAGAUGGUAACCGAGCUCAAUGAGCAACGCAAAUCAGCGCUCGACUUAGGUUUCACCGACACGAUCUGUUCGUCCGAGCGAAUUACGAACGAUAUCGCGAAGUUGGUUGAAGGAAUGGGGCGCACCAUGAAAGAUUUUGAAAAGGCGAUGGUCGACGAUUCCUUCGAAGACAACGAACUCCCUGAAGAUCGUGAUACUUUCAGCGUCGCCUUGCCGUUCCAAUACACGUACGUUGGCGAUGUUGCUGAAAGCGAGUUGCCAGAUUUGCUUAUGUAUUACCUGAAGGAAGUGAUUUGCAACAACGAUGAAGAAGCGUGGAUUUGGUUGCGCUCGUAUCUUGCGAACAUCAUCCACCAACCAGACUCUCGUACUGAAGUCAUGCUAAUCUUGUACUCGCAGGAGAAGCGCGUUGAGAAUCUCUCGGAUGUGUUUGGCGAGCGUGGUGGUACUUCGGUUGUUAGUAAGCGAGUCGUUUGGUUCGAAGAAAUGACUGAGAAGAAGGCCGUCUUUCGCGCUUGUAUGGAUCGUAUGAAAACAGCAAUCACUGAGAAGCGUACUACAUACAAGCCGUUGUACCAAGAGCUUCAUGAAACGAACAACACGAAUGAGUACAUCGCUUGUACGAACCACUUGGUCGGUGUGCUCGCCGAUCGACAAACCGUGCUACACGUCAGUGACAAGCAUCGUGAAGAUCAUGCGUUCUACACCAAACUGCGCGCGAACAUGAAUCAAGAUGGUUGUAACAAGUUUGCAAGCUAUCUCAAGCAAUUCACGACUCAGUUGCCAAUGCGCAUUCAUAAAACGACCAUCUACGAAUCGAUGCUGUCGAAUGGUGCUGAAGGUAUUGACACAUUCAUCAAUGGAGUCAAAUCUGGCGAGAUCACGUUUCAAUUCCAACAUGCUCCUAAAUUCUGGUACGCGUCCAAGGAAGAUCUAUACGAAUACGCAUACAUUCAUUGGUGUGAGUCCCAAGGCGAUAAACCGAUUACGUUCAAUCACUUCAAGGAGAAGUUCCAGCAUUACAAUCGUUCGUGUGAGUAUACAGGCAUUCGAGUUGGCGACGCUCGUAUGUACGCAUUCAAAGUGCCGGUUGAUUGGAACAAGCAAAUCGCAUCGGAUGAAGAACCGGAGUUUGACUAA